AUGUUUGAGCAGUUAGCCAUCUUCACUCCCCAAGGUCAAGUAGUAUACGAAUUCAACUGUUCUGGUAAAAAGUUUGCUGCAACACAAAUUAAUGCCUUCUUAAAUGCAUUAAUUAUCUCUCCGGUAACAAACAAAGAUACCAUAAAUGGGAAAUAUAGUGUUUUAAAUGUUGUUGUAGAAAAUCCUAAUACUACUAAGAAUUCCAGUUAUGGUAAUAAAUCCAAUAGUCGAUCAUUUUGUACUAUGUUCUAUGUUAGCAAACAACCUGAUCUGUAUUUUGUUAUAACAUAUGCUGAACAAAGUUUACAUUUAAAUCAAGAAGCUGAAGAUACUUUAAAUUUAGCCUUGGCAUUAUGGGAAUCUUUAGAUAUUCCAUAUCAUAUCUUUGAAAAUAUUAAAAAUCAAAGAGAUAUUCUAUACGAUAUAGAGGAUGUGAUUGACAAAUUUGAUAAAUAUUUAAGGACUAAAUAUGAAGAAUCUGUUAAAUAUAUUGUAAACAGUUCAACUUUCAAUGAUGCUAACAAAUCUAAUAAUGCCCAUAAUAAUACCACAAAGAAUAAAAAACAACAACAGCAGACACCAACAUCUGGAGGUAGAAAAUGGGGUCGAGAUGGUGUGAUUGAAGACACUUCUGUUUAUGAUCCUAGUGCAUUAGAUUUUUCUGAAACCAAUAAAUCUAGUAAUGUUACUGUACAAAAUGACGAAGCUCAACAAAAAGAAAUAAUAGAUAUUGAUAAGGAUACAUUUGGUAAUAGAACAGCAAACGGUGAGUUUUUAAUUAAAGAAAUAGAUGAUUUAUUAUCUUCACAGAAGGAAACACAUUCUAAUAAUGCCAAUAAACCGGGAAAUAAAUACACAGAAAAAGCUUUUGGAUUUUUACAAAGAAAAUUUUUGGGUAAUAAAACAAUCACUAAAGAGGAUUUACUAUCUGUUCUGGAUAAAUUAAGGCAAAAAUUAGUCUCAAAGAAUGUGGCACCUGAAGUAGCUGACUAUCUGACAGAGCAAGUAAGUAGAGACUUAAUCGGAUCCAAAACAGCAAAUUGGACCUCUGUUGAAAAUACUGCUAGAGACUCAUUGUCAAGAACAUUAACAAAGAUUCUAACUCCUGGUGUAUCUGUUGAUUUACUACAUGAUAUACAAAAGAAACUGAGCAAAACUGAUAGCGAUGGUAAAAAACAACCAUACGUAUUUUCUAUUGUUGGUGUCAAUGGUGUUGGGAAAUCUACAAACUUGUCCAAAUUAGCCUUUUGGUUGUUACAAAACAAUCUUCGUGUGUUAAUUGUAGCAUGUGAUACUUUUAGAUCAGGUGCUGUUGAGCAAUUAAGAGUACAUGUGGAAAACUUGGCUCAACUAAUAAAUGAUUCACAUGUAAGAGGCUCCAAGAAUAGAAGGGGCAAAUCAGGUAAUGAUUAUGUAGAAUUAUUUGAAGCUGGGUAUGGUGGUACAGAUUUAGUUACAAAGAUUGCUAAACAAGCUAUAAAAUAUGCACGCGAUCAAGAUUUUGAUAUAGUCUUAAUGGAUACUGCUGGUAGAAGACAUAAUGAUGCAACUUUGAUGUCUCCAUUAAAGGCGUUUGCAGAACAAGCCAAACCAGACAAAAUAAUUAUGGUAGGUGAAGCAUUAGUUGGUACAGAUUCAGUACAGCAAGCUAAAAAUUUCAAUGCUGCGUUUGGCAAAGCCAGAAAUUUGGAUUUCUUUAUUAUUUCAAAAUGUGAUACGGUUGGGGAGAUGUUAGGUACGAUAGUUAAUAUGGUAUAUGCAACAGGAAUCCCAAUUCUUUUUGUAGGAGUUGGCCAAACAUACACAGAUUUAAGAGCAUUAAGUGUCAGCUGGGCAGUAAACACUCUAAUGUCUUGA